AUGUAUUCGCUGGCUUUACUCUCCUGCCUCGACAGGCCCUCCGGGCCACACCACCUGCCCACGGCAUCGAAGGACGGGUUCCCUGAAAGCUCCGGGGUCCCAGGGGUCUCCCCGAAACACUGCCCCGGGCUUCCGGGCAGGUACCCCGGGGGCGCUCGGCGGGCUCGCUCCCCCAGCCCCCGCGUCCCGGCCACGCCCACCCUGUCCAGCUGGGCCCUGCCCCGUUCGGCAGGGCGGGUGCCCGAGCCCGGGGCCGCUGACACCGCCGGGCGCCGCCGCCUCCAGGCUGGCAGCGUCCGCACAGCGGCCAGCGGCCGUCCACCAGGAAGCCGACUCCUCGUACCUCCCCGGGGACCGAAAACCGUCGGUGCCGCCGCACCCGUCGCCGCCGCCGCUUGCUCAUGGAGAGCCCGGGCUGCCACCGCCACCUCCGCCGCCUCAUCUACUAGCACCGCCGGCUGCCUGGUCCUCCCCCGGCGUGAACGCUGGACUCCGUUACGGCCUCCAUCGCACCCGCCGCAGCGGGAGCCACAGCAGCUCCAGCGCCCAGGCCCGACCCGACCGGACCCACGGAGCCAGGACCGCAGGACGCGUCGCUUCUUAUUACGGAGGAAGAUUCGGCCUGACCUCUCCCCCCACCCCCUCAGCCCUGUUUCCAGACGCCUAAUGGCGCUAGUGCGCAGGCGCGAAGGCGCCCCGGCCAAGCGUGCGUGGGUCGGAAUGGUUGUACAAUUUUACAUUACCAUCAGGAAUGAACAAGAGUUCCAGCUCCUCCACAUCCUCACCAACACUUGCUUAUUUCAGUCUUUUAAAUCCAGCCAUUCUAAUAGAUGUUUUAAAAACUCAAGAGUUCACCACAAGGGAUAAUACAGUGAGUACACUGGGAUGUAAGAGUGACAUUAAUAUCUGAUCUUAAAGGCAGUGAACAUGUUUGGGGAAGCCACUGAAUGUACACAGCCAAGCCAUGGUAACACCUCCAGGAGAGACCUGGGGGAUACAUAAUUGACAUUGCUUUCCUUCUUCUGAUAAGAUGUGUUAUGAUUUCUCCUACUGUUAUGCUCUUUGAAAUUGGCAUGUUUUCUAUCUUGCCUCAUUAGUUGAUAGUUUCCUUAGGGGUUGAUAAAAUGAGUGAUUGUGCAAUUGCAUAAGGUCAGAUCUAUAUUUUUAUAUCAUAUGAAACAAUGUCCUUUUGCUUACCUGUAUGUUUAACAUUUCUGGUGCUCUUCAUUCUGUUGUAUGGGUCUAAGUUUCCAUCUGGUAUUAUUUUACUUCCUUCUGAAGAACUUCCUUUAACAUUUUCUGCAGUAUAGAACUGCUGUGUUGUUUUUUUUCCUUCUUUUUAAAUAGACAUUCUUUGACACUUUUUCCAUUGAGGCAUUGGAUCUCUGUGCCCUGUCCUUGUAAUCUGGGCAGGUAAGUGAGUUCUUUCAUCCAUAAAGUAGAGAAGAAAUGAAACUCAGAGACUUCUGAGGCUUUAUCAUAAAAGACCAAGCAAUUUUUCUUUUAUUCACUUGAAUAGUUGGUCUUACAGCUCUGAGCUGUCAUGUGAGAAGAUCAAUAUACUGGAGAGACUACAUUGAGUACAACAAAGCCAAUUGAGUCCAGCCUUCCCUGUCUCAUAUGGUAUGGAUAGAUAAAGUUGUACUAAAGAAGAGCUAUAUAAUGGCAAGAUCUGAACAUAAAACUAUUUCUCAUCUUUAGUUUAUCCCAGCAAAAGAUAUGUGAAGUAAGAAAGAGCUUCAGAACAAAGGUCAAAUCCUAAGGUUCCAUUCGAAAAGCAUGGACUUAAGGUAGAGAUAAAGCCAAGAAUGUGAAACCUUUUUGUAGGAUUUUUGGAAACAGAUUUCCAAGUUGCUUCAUAGUGGGGAUCAGGAGGCAAAGAUGGUCUACAUCUUGAAUGGAUAAGUUAAAGGCUAGAGCCAGUCUCCAUGGAGAUUAUUUUUGAUAAUAAAUUUCUUGUGGGGAAUAGCAGAGUUUGUGAUUUUGUUUUUCAAAACUUUGCUAUAGCAAGAUGUUAAAUGAAGAAGCAGCAAGGGCUGGUUCUGUGGCACAGCAGGUAAGGUCACCAUCUGUAGUGCCUGCAUCCCAUUUGGGCACCUGUUCAUGUCACAGCUGUUCCUCUUCCCAUCCAGCUCCCUGCUAAUGUGCCUGAGAAAGCAAUGGAGGACAGCCCAUGUGCUUGUGCCCCUGCACCCACAUGGGAAACCCAGAUGAUGCUUCUGGCCUGUGGCUUCAACCUGGCCCAGCCCUUGUCUUUGUGACCAUUUGGGGAGUAACCAGCAGAUGGUAGAUCUCCCUCCUCUCUGUGUCUCCUCCUCUUUUGGCAAAAUGACAGAAGGGGACCACCAGGAAACUCUCUUGGAAGAAUGCGUCAACUCAAUCAUCUGUGCAGCCCUAGUCAUCCUGCUAUGAUGGGUAGAGAGGAAGGUAAAUGUUUGCUUUAGGAAGAAGACAACUGAAUAUGCAAUUUCAUAAUGGAAGGAAACCGUCGAAGAGGAGCUGACCAUGCUGGCUGAGUUAGUGAAUAUGUGUAUCCACAUAGGUAAUGCUCUGUAUCCUCACAGAUAAAUGAUGUCAGGCUGAGAAUUCCCUCGGCAGGGACCUUUCAGAUGCAGUUCUUUAAGUUUGCAUGUUUGUCUCACUUUUUAUAUUGCUUAUCAAAAAUUAGUAAUGUUUUUAGGUUUGCAAACUGAUUCCUCAUCUUUGUAUACUUAAAACACAAAAACUCAGAAUCUGAAGAAAGUAAA